UGAGAAAUGAAAAAUUGGAAGUUUAUGUGUAUGUGUAUGUGGGCCUUGCAUCGGACUGCUACUGUAUGCAUCAUCUCGCAUGCCGCCAACAACAACAACAGAAGAGGAUUAAAAAUUACACUCAGCACGCUUCCCGGACGAAUCAAGCUGCCCUCCUGGUGCGAUCCCGAAACCUUCGUUCUGGCGGGUCUUGGCCUUUGCAGCUAAGGUAAAUUUACUCGGUACGGUACAGUAGCAAUCUUGCGCUGCAUCGGAAACCAGGCUAUCCCCUGCAUCGACGUACCGGGCGCCCUGGGUGCUGUGGUGGGAAUUUGUGAAGCAUCGAGGGCAAAGCUCGGCUCAGACUUGUUUGAGAGGAGAGGAGAGGAGAGGAGAGGAGAGGAGGGAGAAAAGAGGAGACGAGGAGAGAAGCACAGAAAGACAAAAAAGGGCCUGCGCCUUUUUCGCAUCAUCGGGCCAGGAACAGCAAAGCACCACCUGAACGAGCAUCUUUCGGCACUGAGCUUGCCCUCUUCAGGCCAGGUUCUUGCUCGUGUUCAGCCAAAGCAGCGACGGCUCGCCCGCCAAACAGCCCUGGUGCCCUGGUGCCCUGGUGCUCUGCCCACUGGCGCACGGGCCCACAGGCCCUCCCCAGCAAUCAUCCAGACCCCGGCCUGAUCCAGCCUCCUCGACUGUUGCAGUGCUGCUGGCGUCCGCUGUCCGCUGUCUUGUCUCUGCUGUACCCUGACUUCCAACUUCCCUGCACUGCACCGCACCGCAACCGCACCGCACCUGCCCUGCCCCGAGAACCUCCCGCCGCCCGCCCAAGCAAUAAUCAAUCUCCUCCCAAACCAGUCUGCGUCCGUUCGAUACGACUCGACUAUCGACCACCACCGCCGACCACGACACUCCUUCACACCAACCCCCCACCCCCCCAAGUCACUCGUUUACACUUCAAUUCGUCUCCCAGAGCGUCACCAUCGAGUGCACUCCGGGCUUUUUUGGUUAGGAAAGGCUGAGGGAAGGACCCGAAGUUUUGUUUACGCUACGGUUCGAGGCGGAGAUAUUGACGAUCAACAAGGCCAGCGCAGAGACCGACAAUUGGAAGCGCGUGGAUGUGGUGACCAGGGACGCACAACCAGCGAGACCGAAAUAUGUGGGAGGGAAUCGAGGAGAAAGGCAACGAUAGCACCAUCCAACUCUCGCAGCCAAAUAAUGGAGUGUUCGAUGUAAUGGAGGAGUCAAUGGUGUCGCUGGAAGAAUCGCAAAGAGGAAGACCCAUAAUGCCAGCGCCGUCGAGAGAAGGUCGGGGCACAGGGCCCAGCAAACGAAAACAACGAUCAACUGGCUUCAACACCAAGACGAUUCUCCUGGGAGCUCUGGCAGCGGUGCCUGGCGCAAUGGCUCAGAAUUGUAUAUCGUUGUCUGGCUCGACGCAAUGUCCCGCGUUCCAAUCAGCCUCCAUCUCGACCGACAGCACUCUUGUCGGAUUUUUUCCAUUCCUUCAAUUCGUCUCAAGCACGUCAACAUUCGACGAGCAAUUGAGCGCGUAUCUAUCCACAAGCUACGUCCAGCAGAAGUAUGUUCCUCACCCGUGCAAAUCCACACCCAACACGCCUAAUGCAAUAUGCAGGUACCAGACACUUCUCGGCUGUAGCAACAUUAAUCUCACAAACACCACCGAUCUUUAUGCCCGAUUCACGACCUCAGUAAUAUGUAAUGCAAUAAUUCAGAACUCCGUAACGCCGUGUGGACUCUCUGCAGUUGCCUCCCGGCCUGUCUGCGCGAACACAUGUGCCCAAAAUGCAGAGAGUGAGGCAAUUAUUAUUGCCAACAGCGAACUCUGUUCAAACCCAGGCCCCAAUGCAGACACUCAAAUCCGAGCCGACUUCACUAAUUGCGCUCUACCUGCCGAAUCUUUGACCGGUUCUUGCAUCGACGGUGCAGCCAAUGAGGUCAACAAUUGUGGAUUCGGUAACAGCACCAUUGGAUUGUGUCAAUACUGCUCAUCGGGAGGACAGAACAGCACCGACACAUGCUGUUAUAAUUCGAAGGCAGAGCAAGUAUGUGCUGGAGUUGUACUCCCAACAAUUACCGGCUAUAUGACCUUUGCAACAACCUUGCCUACUGCCACAGCAACAUCUUCCUCAGCCAGUUCUCCUGCAACCUCAACCUCUGCACCAUCCGAAUCUGGUUCUAACGAUGGCCUGUCUGGAGGUGCUAUUGCAGGAAUCGUCAUUGGUUCAAUAGUUGGAGCGGCCAUCCUUGCAGGCCUAAUCUUCCUGCUCAUUCUUUGUCUCCGUCGUCGCAGAGGGAGUCAGAAUGGCAGCGUGUUCAACCAGCCAACUCCAGCCAGGAGAGGACACACUACAGGAAUGGCCUACAAUCCAGUUGGUGCAAGCACUACCACGCCGGAGGGAUACGAAGUUCUCCCUGGAGGACGAAUUGCACGCAUGUCAGCCCUGGAAGGCCAUUCAGGAGACUCUCCCCCUCGUGGAGAGUUGGGAGCAGCUGGGGCUGGGGGUGCAGCCGCUGGAGCCGCAGCUGGAUACGCAGCAGGAAGGAGAAGACAUGACCAAUCAUCCUCAGAUGAAUACAGUCCAGUAUCUAACUCAAACGGAGGUGGUGGUGUAUUGAGACCACCACCAACUUCACGACGGGCCGGAUCAUUAUCGAGCAAUUCUGUUCUUGGCAUGGAGGAUCCCCAAUCACCAGUUUCUGGAAGCGGUGGAGACAUGUCAUCACCCCAGGGUGUUGCCAGCCAACAGUCCGAGCAGUUGCCAUUCUUCAAGGACUACUAUUCGCAAGACGAAAUUCAUCCAGGUGACAAGGUGGCAACUCUUUGGGCAUAUCAACCGAGAGCAAGCGACGAGUUUGCUCUGGAACGAGGAGACAUGCUCAAAGUGGUAGGUAUCUGGGAUGAUGGUUGGGCGACUGGUGUCAUGAUCAAUGAACGAGCGGACGAGUGGGAUGCGAAAAGGAACGCUCAGCGUGAUAGUGGUGUAUCAAACACAUCCGGUCGGAGGGACGAAUCACCAGCCGCAAGCGGUGAGAUCAAAGCAUUCCCCUUGGUAUGUGUCUGUCUACCAGAUCACUGGAGGAAAACGAUAGAGGGCGAUGGAUCGACAGAGACCGGUUCCAGCGCACCUACUGGCUUAAAUCAAUGAAUCGAUGCUCGUUUCUCUUUCUGAUUUUCCUAUGGCUUCACGACGGUGUUAUUCUGUUCCGGACUCGGCGUUCGAGGCUCACGGCUUUUCUGACUUGUUCUUAUGAGCACACAUUACGCCUCCAGACUUGGCCUACCACAACCUAAACCACAUACUACAUACAUAACAUGUCGGGUACCAGCCGAUCAACGUUUGGCAAACACCUCAACACGUUGAUGUUUUUCGGAUACAAAUCCAUUCCACUCCCUCACGCCUAUCACGUACUAUAUUCCUAGACCUAUCUUCUGCAUAGCAUUUGCGUCUUCCGCUUCGACACUGGCAUGACUCCAUAUCAUACCACCGAUCAGCGACACGCACUCCGGCUUAUUAGCCGUCUGAGAUAACGGUCCUUCGGUUUAAUAUCAUCAUCACGACAGAUCGAUCGCCACCGUCCUUGUCUGAUACCUAAGUACUGGAUGAUUCACUGGACACUGUACUACUUGUCGCGAGUACCUGCUACUAUUACUCUAGUAUAUCCUUUUUCUUCUCCCUUUUCUUUUUCUAUAUACCCAUUUCUUGUUUUGAGUUUGUUUGGAUUGGUUGAUGCGGUGGAACUUGAAUGAAUGGGCACACUUUUUUGAGACGAUGAAUUGGCUACGUUUAUAUUGUGUGGUGGAUUAUGCUAUUGUGGAUAGAUGUAGGUUUGGAGGGAGUGGAUAAUCGAUAGAGGGAGGGGGGGCAGGAAAAGAGACAUGUUAUUACCUUGUGUGUUACUCCGGUAGAAGUUCAUAGAUAGGGUUGCCUGACAGGAUAGGAUAGGACAGGAUAAGAGGAAUGCAAAUAUUGAAAACGUGUUGCGGUUUCGCUUGUAUUUUCUUCCUCUCGCUUGUGUCGUACUGGAAGACGAAAUUUCGCUUCACCAUGUUGACUUUAGCGUCGCCUAUUUUUCUGGACAUGGUUGACCCAGGCAGAUAGUGUCUACUUUUGAUAGCACAUAUAUCAAGGCAAGGCACUCUCCAACGGUAUCUCUUCUUGGAGAAGCAGACGCAUGUUCAGGGGCAGUGGCAAUUAAUUCCCUGUCAUCUAAGCAUUACGCGAGCAGGAUUGUCAAGAUACUUCCACCUGUGGAUCUCGCACAUUCUGUGUAGAUCACGGUACCAAACUCUCCUCGUCUAUUUCUAAAUUAUGGGAUUCCAGCGCUCAAUAAUUACCAGAAUCAUGAACCUCAGGCGAUGUAAG